AUGGCUUCACAAGCGUCGUUUAAAAGAAAACACAAGACACUGAACAUAGAGGAUAAACUUCAAAUCCUGGAAAAACUUAAGAAAGGUGAAAGCGGAGCGGCAUUAGCCCGAGAGUUUGGUGUCGGUAAGUCUACAAUUACGGACAUAAAGUCUAAACAAGAUGCUAUCUUGAAAUAUGCAUCCCAACAAGAUAGCAAUGAGGGACCUAAAAAUAGAAAAAGAUUAAAAUUAGCCAAUAAUAUGGCUCUUGAGGCUGCCUUAUAUUUAUGGUUUACACAAAGAAGGAGCUUAGGUGAACCAAUAUCAGGCCCGCUUCUUUGUGAAAAGGCUCUAGAUUUUAAUAAACAACUUAAUGGGUCUCCUGAUUUCAACGCUAGUAGUGGGUGGCUGGCCAAGUUCAAACAAUAG